GGCGCACGGAGCGCGCCCGGCCGCGGCCGAAGGACCGAGUCGUCAUGGCAACGCGGCGGGACUGGCGGCAGCGGCGGACAGAAGAUCCCGUUGCCACAAUGCUGCCCUCAGAACAGGCCCUGGAGGAGCUGCUGGCUCACAAGGAGGAGGAGUGGCGGGCGCUGCAGGCCCGCCGUGCCCAGCUGCAGAGUGCCGCUCUGCAGGAUUUGCAGCGCCGGCUGGAGGAGGCGCAGGGUCAGCUGCGGUGUCUGCAGGAAGACUUCGUCUACAACCUGCAAGUGCUAGAGGAGCGGGACCGCGAGCUGGAGCGCUAUGAUGCCGCCUUCGCCCAGGUCCAGCGUGCAGAGGAGGCCCGGCAGGCGGAGGCCAGCGAGCUCAAGAUCGAAGCAGCCAAGCUGAGGCAGGCGCUGGCCCGCGAGGCCCGGCGAGCAGAGGAGCUGCAGCAGCAGCAGCAGGUGACAAUGCAGGAGUAUCGCCGGGAGUUGGAGCGUGUGCACAGUGACAAGAAUAGUGAAAUUGACCACCAUCGGAAACAGUACGAAAAACUGACGCAGAAACUGGAGAGGAGACUCCAGGAGCUGGAUGGGGAGCUUACGCUGCAGAAACAGGAGCUCCUGCUGGAGUUUGAGUCCAAGAUUCAGAGGAGGGAUCGAGAGUCCCGCCUGCAGGCCGACGCCAUGAGCAACGCAGUCCUGACGCAGGAGCUCAAGGUUAAACUGUUGAGGAAAGAGCUUGAGGCCUUGAAGGAAGCUAGUGCUGAGGCUGCGGAGUCUCUGCAGAGAGCAGAGACAGCCAAUGAGGAGCUGGAGCGUGAGGUGGCGCUCAGGGACCGGGAACUUCAGGACCUCAUGGCCGUGAAGGAUGCCCGGAUAAAGGACUUGGAGGGCAAGCUCCACUUUGCGCAGCUGACCCGGGUGAAGGAGGAGGAAGCCUUCCAGAGGAAGCAUGAAGUGCUAGACCGUCUGGCCAGGGAGCGGGACACAGUGCUGGCCUCUGUGAAGGAGGCGCAUGUGGAGCAGCUGCGGGCACUGGAAGCAAGGGUGCUGGAGCUACAGGCCCACAGUGAGAGCCUGGAGAUGCGGCUUCGCCGGGCCGAGUGGGAACAGGCCGACACCGCAAGGGACCACGAUACUAUUGUUGCCCGACUUCGAGAGGAGGCAUCAGCUCUGAAGUCCGGCUGGGAUGCGCAGGUGGCUCAACUCUCCAAGGAGGCGGUCUCCAAGGACCUGCAGGUUCACGCUCUGCAGGAGGAUGGGGUGCAGCUCAAGGCCCAGUUGGCCCGACUCCAGCAGGACAUCGACAGGUACAAGCAGCAGUUGGCAGCCGCAGUGGACAGGGAGCAGAGCCUGGAGCGGGAGAAGGUGCAGCUGACACUGGACUGGCAGUGCCGCUGUGACGCUGCUGAGCGGGACCAGUACCGCAGGUCCGAGGACCUGAUCCAGGGCCUCACCGCGGCCAGGGAGCAGGUUGUGGCCAAACUCCAGGAGGCAGAGCAGAGGCUGUGUGACAAAGAGGAGAUGCUGAAGGCCUUGGCCUUGGAGAGAGACCAGGCGGUGCAAGCGCUGAGGACGCACGGGCUCCUUCCUGAGAGGGAGGCGCAGACAGUCCUAGUGCAUCACAAAGAAGAGAUCUGUCCAGGUUUUCCAUCGAGUGAGAUCCAGCGGCUACAAGAGCAGAACAUAAGCUUGCGGAACGCUAUUGCUCAAAUGAGGAAAGAAAUGGAAAUGCUAAGUGAUCAAAUUCUUCCUUCUGCCUACCUCGGAGGAAAGACCUCAGAUACAAACCAGGCUGAUCCAAAUGCUGCAGCAGAUACUGCCACUCCUGAUUAUGUUCUGGGCCUUGAAGCAGAAAUACGAAAUCUAAAGCAUAAAUUUAAAACACUAGAAGAACAAUUAGAAGAUGUGUUAGAUCCUCCAAAGAUGUCAUCCUAUGCUGAAGUUCAGCCCAGCAUCUGUGCUGCUGACAGCACUGUUGGUGGGAGUCCUGUCUCGUGGGAGGGUCCUCCUCAGGCCGAGGUGGUGCCCACCGUGCUGGCAUGCAGGAAGCUCGCGGGGAGGGUCCAUCUCCUGGACUGCCUGGUCUCGGGGCUCCGACAAAAGGUGCUGCAGAAGCUCCCAGAGAUGGAUGCUGUCAGGCUCCAGCUACCCCGUGAGGUAGACCAUGUGCAUGUGGAGGUCUUGGAGCUGGGCAAGCAGGUGGCCGAGCUGGAGAAGCAUCUUGGUGCCACCAGGAAGGAAGGAGGCAAGGCAGUGGGAAGGACACCAGAGACCACAGCCCUCAGGAGACAGGCCCCAGCAGGCGGAGAGCCCACGGGGAACGGGGAUCCGGGGCCACAGCCCGAGCAGCGCUCCUCCGAGCUCCGACUCCAGCGGAAGCUGAGGGCCGCCACCAAGAGCAUCCUCCGUCUGCAGCAGGACAAGGAGCGGCUCAUGGAGGCGGGCAACCGGCUCCGCGCGGGGCUGGGGCGGCCCCGGGAGACUGUGAGGACACCACCUCGCCCUUCCCUUCCUGCCCCGCAGGCCCGGAGCCCAGGGGAGGUGCCUGGGCCACCACCAGAUGGUAGCCUGCCCUUAGGACAGAUGCAGCCCUGCUUCACUGUUCAGAGCCAGCCCAGAAUUCCCACGGUGACUUGCAAAUCAAGCCGUCAGAAAGAAAACAGGUCCCCAAAGCCACCGCAGGCCCAGGAACCCUGUGAGGAAAACAGCCGCCACACCCAGAGGUCGUUGUCGUUGGUCAGCAGCUCCCUCCAGGACACAUGGAAGUUACUAGAUCUGGGGUCCAGUCCUUCUGGCCCCACCUCCCAGGAUGACUCAACUCCAGACGGAGCCAUGGAGGAGGUGGUGAUCGCAGGCAUGUCCGGGAAGCUGCCCGAGUCGGAGAACUUACAGGAGUUCUGGGAUAAUCUCAUUAACGGUGUGGACAUGGUUACAGAUGACGACCGGAGAUGGAAGGCUGGGCUCUACGGCUUGCCCCGGCGGGCCGGGAAGCUGAAGGACCUGUCUAAGUUCGAUGCCUCCUUUUUCGGGGUCCACCCCAAGCAGGCCCAAACAAUGGACCCCCAGCUCCGACUGCUGUUGGAAGUCACCUACGAGGCCAUUGUGGAUGGAGGCAUCAACCCAGCCUCUCUGCGCGGCACCAGCACCGGGGUCUGGGUGGGUGUGAGCGGCUCCGAGGCCUCUGAGGCGCUGAGCCGGGAUCCCGAGACGCUCCUGGGCUACAGCAUGGUGGGCUGCCAGCGGGCUAUGAUGGCCAACCGCCUGUCCUUCUUCUUCGACUUCAGAGGGCCCAGCGUCACCCUGGACACAGCGUGCUCGUCCAGUCUGCUGGCUCUGCAGAACGCCUUCCAGGCCAUCCGCAGCGGGGAGUGCCCUGCAGCCAUCGUGGGUGGCAUCAACCUGCUCCUGAAGCCUAACACGUCUGUGCAGUUCAUGAAGUUGGGCAUGCUCAGCCCCGAGGGCACCUGCAAGUCUUUCGACCAAGCUGGGAACGGGUACUGCCGCGCCGAGGCCGUGGUGGCCGUCCUGCUCACCAAGAAGUCCCUAGCCAAGCGGGUGUAUGCCACCAUCCUGAAUGCAGGCACCAACACGGAUGGCUGCAAGGAACAAGGUGUGACCUUUCCCUCCGGAGAAGCCCAGGAGCGCCUCCUCUGCUUGAUGUACCGGUCAGCAGGUGUGGCCCCCGAGUCCCUUGAAUACAUCGAAGCCCACGGCACGGGCACCAAGGUGGGCGACCCCCAGGAGCUGAACGGCAUCGCCCGGACCCUGUGUGCCACGCGCCAGAGCCCGCUGCUGAUUGGGUCCACAAAGUCCAACAUGGGCCACCCCGAGCCCGCCUCCGGGCUUGCGGCCCUGGCCAAGGUGCUCCUGUCCCUGGAGCACGAGCAGUGGGCCCCCAACCUGCACUUCCACAGCCCCAAUCCUGAAGUCCCGGCGCUACAGGAUGGGCGGCUGCGUGUGGUGGACCGGCCCCUCCCAGUGAGCGGCGGCUACGUGGGCAUCAAUUCCUUUGGCUUUGGUGGCUCCAAUGUGCACGUCAUCCUCAAGCCCCACACUGUGCAGCCCCCGGUGCCCAACCCGCCUGCCCUGCCCCGGCUGCUGCUGGCCAGCGGGCGCACCCAUGAGGCUGUGCAGAGCCUGCUGGAGCAGGGCUGCAGGCACGGCCAGGACCUGGCAUUCCUCAGCAUGCUCAAUGAUAUCGCGGCCACCCCUGCCUCUGCCAUGCCUUUCCGUGGCUACACUGUGCUGGACAGCCAGGGCGAAAGCCAGCAGGUGCGGCAGGUGUCCGCCGGCAGCUGCCCGCUUUGGUUCAUCUGCUCCGGCAUGGGCACACAGUGGCGUGGCAUGGGGCUGAGCCUCAUGUGCCUGGGCAGCUUCCGAGAGUCCAUCCUGCGUUCGGAUGAGGCUGUGAAGCAGUUUGGGCUGAAGGUAUCAGACUUGCUGCUCCAUGCAGAAGAGAACACGUUUGACGACAUCGUGAAUGCUUUCGUCAGCCUCACUGCCAUCCAGAUUGCUCUCAUCGACCUGUUGACCACCAUGGGUCUGCGGCCAGACGGCAUCGUUGGGCAUUCCUUGGGCGAGGUGGCCUGUGGCUACGCUGACGGCUGCCUGUCACAGGAGGAGGCAGUGCUGGCAGCCUACUGGAGGGGCCAGUGCAUCAAGGAGGCUAACAUACCACCAGGCGCCAUGGCGGCCGUGGGCCUGUCCUGGGCUGAGUGCAAGGAGCGCUGCCCCCCUGGUGUUGUGCCUGCCUGCCACAACUCCGAGGACACGGUCACCAUCUCAGGGCCUCAGGCUGCUGUGGUCGAGUUUGUGGAGCAGUUGAAGCAGGAGGGUGUGUUUGCCAAGGAGGUGCGGACAGGUGGCCUGGCCUUCCACUCGUACUUCAUGGAGUCCAUCGCGCCCACGCUCCUUCAAGCACUGAAGAAGGUGAUCCGGCAGCCACAGCCUCGCUCACCGCGCUGGCUUAGCACCUCUAUCCCUGAGGCCCAGUGGCAGGGCAGCCUGGCGCGCACCUGCUCAGCCGAGUACAACGUCAACAACCUCGUGAGCCCCGUGCUGUUCCAGGAGGCGCUGUGGCACGUGCCCGAGAAUGCCGUGGUGCUGGAGAUCGCACCCCACGCCCUGCUGCAGGCCGUCCUGAAGCGAGGUCUCAAGUCUAGCUGCGUCAUCAUCCCGCUGAUGAAGAAAGACCACAGGGACAACCUGGAGUUCUUCCUCGCCAACAUCGGCAAGCUGCACCUCACCGGCAUCAACAUCAACCCCAAUGGUCUCUUCCCGCCCGUGGAGUUCCCGGUCCCCCGAGGCACCCCGCUCAUCUCGCCCCUCAUCAAGUGGGACCACAGCCAGACCUGGGAUGUGCCUACUGCCAAGGAUUUUCCCAGUGGCUCCAGUUCCUCCUCUGCCACCAUCUACAACAUUGACAUCAGCUCCGAGUCUCCUGAUCACUACCUGGUGGAUCAUCGCAUGGAUGGGCGGGUCAUCUUUCCUGCCACGGGCUACCUGUGCCUCAUCUGGAAGACACUGGCCCGCACCCUGGGCCUGGUCAUGGAGCAGAUGCCUGUGGUGUUUGAGGACGUGACCCUGCAUCAGGCCACCAUCCUACCCAAGACGGGGACUGUGCCCCUGGAGGUGCGCCUUCUGGAGGCAUCCUGCACCUUCGAGGUGUCUGAGAAUGGCAACCUGAUAGUAAGUGGAAAGGUGUACCAGUGGGAGGACCCCGACCCCAGACUCUUGGACAACCGGGAUGGCCUGGCCCCUCAGGAGCCGGCGACCAAGUUCCAUCUCGCCUCGAGCGACGUGUACAAGGAACUGCGGCUGCGCGGCUAUGAUUACGGCCCCCAUUUCCAGGGCAUCCUUGAGGCCAACCUAGAAGGUACCACGGGCAAGCUGCUGUGGAACGACAACUGGGUGACCUUCCUGGACACCAUGCUGCAGGUGUCCAUCCUUGGCCUUAACCGGCGCAGCCUGUUCCUGCCCAUCCGCAUCGGUUCCGUCCACAUCGACCCUACCACCCACCAGCAGAGGCUGCAGGACAACUCCCGAGCUGCCGACGUGGUAGUGAACAGCUGCCUGAACAGCGUUGUGGCAGGUGGCGCUCUCCUCACACGGAUACAAACCUCAGCGGCCCCACGGCGGCAUCAGGAGCAGCUCACUCCCGUCCUGGAAAAGUUCAGCUUCACGCCACACCUGGAAACCGAGUGCCUGGCAGACAACGCAGCCUUGCGGACAGAGCUGCAACUGUGCAGUGGGCUGGUGCAGACUCUGCAGGCCAAGGCAGCUCAGCAGGGGCUGAAGAUGGCCGUGCCUGAACUGGGUGGGGUUUUGACCGCCCGGGACCCCCCACAGCAUGGCCUGGCAAGGCUGCUGGUGGCUGCCUGCCAGUUGCAGCUCAAUGGGAACCUGCAGCUGGAGCUGGGCCCCGUGCUGACCCAGGAGCGCCUCCUGCUGGCCAACGACCCCCUGCUAGCUGGCCUUCUGGAUGGGCCAGAACUCAGGGCCUGUGUGGACACGGCCCUGGAGAACGUGAACGGCUUGCGGAUGAAGGUGGUAGAGGUGCUGGCCGGUGAGGGUCACCUGUAUGCCCGUAUACCAGAAUUGCUCAAAACACAGCCUAUGCUGCAGCUGGACUACACGGCCACUGACCGCCACGCUCAGGCCCUGGAGGCUUUGCAGGACCGGUUGCAACAGCAUGAUGUGGCCCAAGGCCAGUGGGACCCCUCAGAGCCCGUACCCAGCAACCUGGGCGCAGCUGAUCUCCUGGUGUGCAACUGCACAGUGGCCACCCUCGGCAACCCCAGCCAGGCACUCGGCAACAUGGUGGCGGCCCUCAAGGAGGGUGGUUUCCUGCUCGUGCACGCUCUGCUCAAGGGGCACAUGCUCGGAGAGACUGUGGCCUUCCUCACUGCUGCCGACCUCCUGACCCAGGACGAGUGGGAAAGCCUCUUCACCAAGGCCUCGCUGCACCUGGUGGGGCUGAAGCGGUCCUUCUACGGGUCUGUGCUCUUCCUGUGCCGCCGGCUGGCCCCCGUGGACAGCCCCAUCUUCCUACCUGUGGAGGACACCAGUUUCCAAUGGGUGGACUCACUGAAGAACAUUCUGGCCGAUGCCUCCUCCCAGCCUGUAUGGCUGACAGCCGUCGGCUGCGCAACCUCCGGCAUCGUGGGCUUGGUGAACUGUCUGCGCAAGGAGCCAGGGGGCCACCGAGUGCGGUGCAUCCUGGUGUCCAACCUCAGCAGCACGUCCCCCAUGCCCCCGACGGACCCCACCUCCCCGGAGCUGCAGAAGCUGCUGGAGAGGAACCUGGUGAUGAACGUGUACCGUGAUGGCACUUGGGGGGCCUUCCGCCACUUCCCACUGGAGCAAGACAAGCCAGAGGAACAGACAGAGCAUGCCUUCGUGAACGUGCUGACCCGUGGGGACCUCUCCUCCAUCCGCUGGGUGUGCUCACCCCUGCGCCACGCCCCACCUGCCAGCCCUGGUGCUCAGCUUUGCCGCAUCUACUAUGCCUCACUCAACUUUCGUGACGUCAUGCUGGCCACGGGCAAGCUUACCCCCGAUGCCAUCCCAGGCAAGUGGGCCACCAAGGACUGCCUGCUGGGCAUGGAGUUCUCUGGCCGUGACGCCAGCGGCAAGCGUGUGAUGGGACUGGUGGGUGCUGAGGGCCUGGCCACCUCCAUCCUGGUGUCCCCAGACUUCCUCUGGGACGUGCCUUCUGGCUGGACCUUGGAAGAGGCGGCCUCCGUGCCUGUGGUCUAUGCCACAGCGUACUACUCGCUAGUGGUACGGGGACGCAUCCAGCGUGGUGAGACCGUGCUUGUCCACUCGGGCUCAGGCGGCGUGGGCCAGGCUGCCAUUGCCAUCGCCCUCAGCCUGGGCUGCCGCGUCUUCACCACUGUGGGCUCGGCCGAGAAGCGUGAGUACCUGCAGGCCCGCUUCCCACAGCUCAACAAGGACAGCUUCGCCAACUCUCGGGACACUUCCUUCGAGCAGCACGUGCUACGGCACACAGCCGGGCGGGGCGUUGACCUGGUCCUGAACUCCCUGGCGGAGGAGAAGCUGCAGGCCAGUGUGCGGUGCCUGGCACAGCACGGCCGCUUCCUGGAGAUUGGCAAGAUUGACUUGUUCAACAACACCGCGCUGGGCAUGGCCAUCUUCCUGAAGAACGUGACCUUCCAUGGCAUCCUGCUGGACGCACUCUUCGAGGACAGCAGUGGUGACUGGCCAAAAGUGAGAGGAUUGCUGCAGGCGGGCAUCCGUGACGGCGUGGUGCAGCCCCUCAAGCGCACGGUGUUCCAUAAGGACCAGGUGGAGGACGCCUUUCGCUACAUGGCGCAUGGCAAGCACAUCGGCAAAGUGGUGGUCCAGGUGCACGAGGAGGAGCAGGGUGCGGUCCCACAGGGCACCCGGCCCGCCAUGACCACGGCCAUCUCCAGGACCUUCUGCCCAGCCCACAAGAGCUACAUCAUCACCGGCGGCCUGGGUGGCUUUGGUCUCGAGCUAGCCCGAUGGCUUGUGCUACGGGGGGCCCAGAAGCUCGUGCUGACCUCCCGCUCAGGGAUCCGGACAGGCUACCAGGCCAAGCAGGUCCGUGAGUUGAGGCGCCAGGGCGUCCAGCUGCUUGUGUCCACGAGUAACGCUGGCUCUCUGGAGGGCGCGCGAGGCCUCAUCGCUGAAGCUGCACAGCUCGGGCCUGUGGGGGGCGUCUUCAACCUGGCCAUGGUGCUGAGAGACGCCAUGCUGGAAAACCAGAGCCCAGAGUUCUUCCAGGACGUGAACAAGCCCAAGUACAGCGGCACGCUGAACCUGGACAGGGUGACGCGGGAGGCAUGCCCUGAACUGGACUACUUCGUGGUCUUCUCCUCUGUGAGCUGUGGGCGUGGCAAUGCUGGCCAGACCAACUAUGGCUUUGCCAACUCCACCAUGGAGCGUAUCUGUGAGCAGCGCCGGCACGACAGCCUCCCAGGCCUGGCUGUGCAGUGGGGUGCCAUCGGAGACGUGGGCAUCGUCCUGGAUGCCAUGGGUACCAACGACACAGUCAUCGGCGGGACGCUGCCCCAGCGCAUCGUUUCCUGCCUGGAGGUGCUCGACCUGUUCCUGAACCAGCCCCAUGCAGUGCUGAGCAGCUUUGUGUUGGCCGAGAAGAAGGCCACAGCACAUGGCGAGGCCGACGGCCAGCGGGACCUGCUGAAGGCCGUGGCGCACAUCUUGGGGAUCCGAGACGUGGCGGCCAUCAGCCUGGACAGCUCGUUGGCAGACCUGGGCCUGGACUCGCUCAUGGGUGUGGAGGUGCGACAGAUGCUGGAGCGUGAGCAUGACUUGGUGUUGUCCAUGAGGGAAGUGCGGCAGCUCACACUGCGCAAGCUGAAGGAGCUCUCGUCGCCGGCCACCAAAGAGCUGUCAUCCCCUGGGCCCAAGGAAGACAGCCCAGCAGCCCAGCAGCAGACCCAGCUGAACCUGAGCAUGCUGCUGGUGAACCCCGAGGCUCCGACGCUGACGCGCCUCAACACCGUACAGAGCUCAGAGCGGCCACUGUUUCUGGUGCACGCCAUUGAGGGCUCCCUCACUGUCUUCCACAGCCUGGCCUCCAGGCUGAGCAUCCCCACUUACGGCCUCCAGUGUACCCGAGCUGCACCCCUGGACAGUAUCCAGAGCCUAGCCGCCUAUUACGUGGACUGCAUCCGGCAGGUGCAGCCUGAGGGCCCGUACCGCAUUGCCGGCUACUCCUUCGGGGCCUGUGUGGCCUUUGAGAUGUGCUCCCAGCUGCAGGCACAGCAGGGCCCUGCCUACAACAGCCUCUUCCUGUUGGACGGCUCCCAUGCCUAUGUGCUGGCCUACACCCAGAGCUACCGGGCCAAGCUGAGCUCAGGCUCCGAGGCUGAGGCUGAGACUGAAGCUAUGAGCUUCUUUGUGCAGCAGUUCAUGGACGUGGAGUACGGUCGGGUGCUGGAGGCCCUGCUGCCUCUAAAGGACCUGGAGCAGCGUGUGGCGGCCACAGUGGACCUGAUCACCCAGAGGCACCACGGCAUCAACCUUCAAGAGCUCAGCUUCGCGGCCUUCUCCUUCUACCAUAAGCUGCGUGCGGCUGAGCAGUACACGCCUAAUGCCAAGUACCACGGCAGUGUCACUCUGCUGAGAGCCAAGACAGGCAGCGCCUACAGGGACCAUCUGGGUGCCGACUACAACCUCUCACAGGUGUGUGACGGCAAGGUGUCCGUGCACGUCAUUGAGGGGGACCAUGGGACCCUACUGGAGGGCAGCGGCCUGGAGGCCGUCAUCAGCAUCAUCCACAGCUCCUUGGCUGAGCCUCGGGUCAGUGUGCGGGAGGGCUAGCCACCCCAUGCGACCCAGCCAACACCCCAUCUGAUGGCUUUCACCACCCACCCCUCCCCCCUACACCACAUCCAGGCUGCCCCAGGCUGGGGAGGGUCCUGCCGGUGGGACCUCACCCCACGGCCCCCCGCCCUGCCGUCCUGGGCUCACACCACUGCCUCAACGCACACAUAGCUGCCCAGGCCACUGCUAGAAGUAAACUGUCCUCCCGUGCCAAGUGGGCUAGCCAGCUGAUCCGGAGAGCUGCCUGGUCUGUGAAGGGUCUGCUGAAGCCCGCAAGAGCUGGGCUGAGCCUCUUUGUUCCGUGUGAGGUUUGCCAUGUGGGUUCAUUUGUUGUUUCUUCAUUUGGGUUCUCGUAUUUAUUGCAUCACUGGGAGAGCUAUCUGGCGACUUCUUUCACCCCAGGAGAUACCCAACACUCAUCCUUGGGCACCUGGGUCCAGGGCCUGGCUCUGGCCCCGGCACAGCAGGCCCCAGGCUUGCAGCCCUGGCUCCGGUGCCCCGGCUGCACCUAUGAUACAGGGACCUGGGGCACAUAAUCCCCGGCUGAGCUGGGCCUGGCCCCUGUGGAGGUACCUGGAGCCACCGAGUGCGUGUGUGUGUGUGCGCAUGCGUGCGCGUGUGUGCGUGUGUGCACGUGCGCGUGCGCGUUUUUCAGGAACACAAUUCAAACUGCUGCUUCGGUUUUGGAACUUCACUGUAACUGUCGUGUAAAGAUUCAUGUCUGGGUUCUGUCUCGUUUUUACACCAACUUGGUAAAAUGCUGCCUUGAUGUUCUGUCCUCCCCUACCUUCCCCAUUAAACCACAUGUGAGCUCUG